AUGUCAGAAUUCAAGUUCAGAGUACCGGGCUUCACGCGACCGAAUCCUCAGGCCGUGUCGGAGGACACUAGUGUGGGCUCUCCCACCAACCUCCAUGCUUUCUCGAGCUCUAUGAGAACAAAAUUUCGCAUCACUCAGUUUGUUCGCGAGAGCCGGCACGUGGAUGGCGCAAAAAGUGCAUCGGGGGAAGAAGGCCCAGCUAAACGGUCAUCCAUUUCUGCUGCUUCUACUGUUAUCACUCCCGCGCCACCGGCACUAGAAGACAACCAUGUCAAGCCUGAGGAUCAUGCCUCUAGAAAAGGCUCGGAUGCUGUCUCAGACAUCCUCCUGCUGCAGUCGGAACUUAGAGAAGGCACACCAACAGCUGCAACGCCGAUUGCUUCCAGGCCUGUCCAAUUAGCAGCUAUCAGAGAAACUACACCAGGAUUAACCAAGGCAAAGCAAGCCCGAAGGUCCCUGCCGAACCUCAAACUGGUCCCACCGACACAUUACAACCCGUCUGCCGGAUUACCUGAAGCGCGCACUCCGCCUCCGAUCGAUCCGUCCCGGUCUGUAGAAUGGAAUAAGGUCGUUCGCAGUAUCCAGGCGACUUCGCUGGAGGCAAUUGUCAAGAAACUGCUUGAUGCACUUUCCGAUCACCCGGAAUCCGGCCCUGGGACAAUUGUCUCCACCCUGGGCGACAUAUUCCUCGACGAUGCCACCAAACAAAUGUACCGCCAUAUUCAGUCUCUGGAUUCUCGAUUACUGUCAAGCCACCCGGUAUCGUCCAUUGCGCCGACCUCCGUACCAAAUGGAAUGACACCAAUUGCGCCUGAGCUAUCGACACCUAUUCCUCAAUCUGCGAUAUCAAGACUCUCCACCCCUGCAACCGCACAAAGACGAAGUCUAUCCGGUGCUAUACCUAGACCGAUGCCUGGUGGAGUACUUAUCGCGCCAAAGCUCUUCGAACCUCGCGAAUACAAGCCUAACAAUGCUCGAAAACUAAAGCGCAAGUCAGAGGCAGAUAAAGACGGUUCUAUCUCCAAGCUCCUUAGUAUGAAGCGAAAUGCCUCGCUUGGGGAGCUCUCGCAUAUCCAUGCGAGUCCAGAUAGUCUGAUGGGUGGCGAGCCACCCGUCAAAAGGAAGCGAGGGCGGCCAAAGGGCUCGACUAAGGCUGCUAUUCAGGAAAGAGAGUCCUUGAAGAUGCAAGCCACGGCAGCUGAACAAGUUAGUGAAACUUUAACGGAGACCGGUACCAUUGCAACGGACAGCGUAUCUCCGGUCUUGGAGGAGGAGAAGUUGCUGCCGACUGGCACGUCGAUCGAGCUGAGAGCAGCAUCCCCAUCGCCGCGCCCUGAUGAUACAACUACACCAUCAAUAUUGCCCGAAGCCACUCCCUGA